GUACCAGAAGGAAAAUACGGGAUAUUUGCACGUUGAACUUCCUAGUAUGUUUAGACUACCCAGUUAGUUAGGAUAGUGUGUGUGUUAGUUGGUUGGAAGUGCUUAGAAACAAAUACUACCUAUGCCAAAUCUAUACGUAGUAGUAUUAUAACUUCUCUAUACACAAUCCGUCCCCGCACCGGCCUAGUUUGGCAAACUUGAUCGUAUAAAUAUCCCACGUAGAGUUGUCUAGUUCUGUUCGCUGCUUUACUCGUCUUCAUAACCCGUAACCUAUAACCCAUAUUCCAAGUACCUAUACACACCAGACAAAAUGGCAGACAUCAAGAACACAAGCAAAACCUACACCCUCGCCUCGGGCGACAAGAUGCACGCCAUCGGCCUAGGCACAUGGCAGUCACCCAAGAACGAGACCGCCAAGGCAGUCAAACAUGCCAUCUCGGUCGGCUACCGCUACAUCGACACCGCUUUCGCCUACGGCAACGAGUCCGAGGUGGGCGAGGGCGUUCGCGCCUCAGGUGUGCCCCGCGAGGAGCUGUGGAUCACCACCAAGCUCGACAACCCCUGGCACAAGCGCGCCGCCGAGGGUCUCGAUGCUUCCCUCAAGAACCUGGGUAUGGACUACGUCGACCUGUACCUGAUGCAUUGGCCCAGCUCCACGCGGCCCGAUGACCUCAAGAAGCACUACGACGACUGGAACUUCAUCGACACCUGGCGCGAGAUGCAAAAACUUGUCGGCACCGGCAAGGUUCGCAACAUUGGCGUUUCCAACUUCGGCAUCCAAAACCUCGAGAAGUUGCUGAACGACCCCUCCUGCAAGAUAACCCCAGCCGUCAACCAGAUCGAGCUUCACCCCAACAACCCCUCGCCGAAGCUAGUCGCGUACUGCAAGGAGAAGGGAAUCCACUGCACAGGCUACUCCUGCCUGGGCAGCACCAACUCACCCCUUUACAAGGACCCUACCCUGUUGUCCAUUGCCGAGAGCAAGGGCAAGACGCCACAGCAGGUGCUGCUCCAAUGGGGCAUCCAGAACGGCUGGGACGUCAUUCCUAAAUCCAUCACCCCUGCGCGAAUCGAGAGCAACUUCGCGGUAGACGGAUGGGAGCUGACGCAAGACGAGAUCAACAAGCUCAACAACCUUCCGGACCGCUUCAAGGUCUGCGGAGAUGACUGGCUACCUGUCAAGGUCUUCUUCGGCGAUGACGAGUAAAUGUAGUGCCACGUAAAUAGAUACGGGCUAGAUGUAGACCACCAUGCUUCGCAUUUAGAUAGAUUAGACCUUUAAUGAGUAAAAACCAUCA